GUGAGCACACAACCAGAAAAUAUGGCGGAAUAUUUGGCGAGCACACAACCAGAAAAUAUGGCGGAAUAUUUGGCCAAACCAAUUUGAAUACAAAAAUGUGCAAUUGAUUAUAACAGCACCACCUUGUGGUAGAUUACCAAUUACCCAAGAUGGUCGAUCUCUCGACUACCGAUUCUUUAGCAGCUGAAGACAAAAAAUGUCACUAUUAGAUAAAAUAAUUAAAUAACUGGAAAAUUGUAGUGGAUGAGCAAAUCAGAAAGCAAGGAGCCAUCAUAAGCUGAAGCGGAAUUAGCUUUGUUUCAUACUGAUGUUUGCUAAUGUGUCCUUUAUGGAACAAGGUAAAAAUGUAGAUGAGUAGCCAUCAUCUAAUUUGUGUGAGUAGAAUGAGGCAACAGUGCAUGAGAUCUGGUCUCUUUGCCUUACUUUGUUGUUUAGACAAUUCCAUACAAAAAACUGCUUACAAGAAGAGGAAACGGCCUAUGAGAAUCAUUUUAGUCACAAUUCAAAAUGUGCCGUCUUCUGCUUAUAUAUAUAUUGUCCAAAGCCUAUGUUCCUCAAAUAACUUGACAGAGAACACACAGGGUGAGCAUGAAUGCACUAAAGCUAUGGGAGCAUUAGGUGCACAGGAGAGCACUCACCCAUGACUUGCUGUCACAGAGUGAUUCAUGGAGUGAAUGCAUGUAGAGAGCAUGAUGUCAAGAUAAGGUCCAGAGGAAUUCCACCUACGCCAUGAUAAAAUAAACCCUUUCAGAAGACACCAUAUUCUAUCAAGAUCUUCCCACCUCAAGAGAACAGACGGCGGUUUGGAGAAAUGUACAAAAAAAAAAAAAAAAAGACUGCUUAAUACCAAUAUACACAAGGCGUUGGUUGAAGAUAUUUCAUUACAUCAUAUGAUGACUACCCGUAAUUUCCCGACUAUUAGCCGCGGCUUAUACAUUGAUUUUGCAAAAUUUCUUCAGCUAUGAGGUUAAUACAGGGGGUGCAGUUAAUAUGGUGUUGAUAUGGUUUUGUUUCUUUUAACUGGCAUAAAACACUGUCCUGAGGCUUAUACACAAUGCGGCUUAUAUGCGGGAAAUUACUGUAUUUUGAGUGUAUUUCUCAAAUCAACUGCCUCUGUAACUGAUAAGAAAAUCUCAAACAGUAUUGAUAUAAAGCAACAAGAUAGUGGCUAACGAGAUAGAACAUAAUGUACCAGCAAGAGAAAUUCUACCCAUCCUAAAAAAUCACUUUCACUAGUUGGAUGAGCUGAACACCACGUAUUGAUCACCUCCUCCAUCUCUGGUGCCCAGAGUCAUGGGACAGCGAUGAUGAUCCACGGGCAACAAGAACUCAUCUAGACCUCCUCAGUGACACUGGAGAGUGAUGCAGCGCUGACUCAUCAGGUGUCUAAAUCGAACUCUCUCAGACAGAAAAACUGCACAUUUUCUUAUUGUCCACACCCGAACCCAGCUCUGGUGCGAGUCCCUUCUUCAGCAUCCAGCUGUGACAUGAUGAAAUAGGGCAGGCAAACGUGUAUCAUCAGCAUUCUAGAUUCGUUCUCUCAUCUGUUUAAUCAUCAACUCAUCCUCCCUCCCCCAUCUGAGUGGAGGUAUAUAACAGUGCUCCUCACUCUGUUUGGACAUCGUCCUCAUACAAGACGAGAAAGGGAGAGGGGAAGAGAUAGGGAGAGACGAGGAGGGACGGAGUGAGAGAGAGAGAGAGAGAAGGAGACAGAGCGGUGAGAUAGGCAGAUUAAUGUUGAGACUCGGGUAGACCAAAAGGGGAAGGAAAAAAAAAAGACAGCAAGAAUAACAUACUCAAGAGACCAAAAGAUAUUAAAUAAGGCAAGCCUUGGAAGCACACAGUAAGUAAGAAUGAAGACUCUUUGUGUGUUAUUACUGCUGCUGGGUCUAAGCAGUGCUGCUGUCGCUUUUAAUCUUCUCAAGACCACGACGGAUGCCACCACCCCCACACCUCAUGCCCCGGGUGAGGGCAAAUCGAGAUUCGCCAUGCUGGACGACGUCCGUCUUCUCGCCAACGGCCUCCUGCAGCUGGGUCAGAGCUUGCGGGAGUUUGUGCACAAGACCAAAGCCCAGAUCAACGACAUCUUCGAGAAGCUCAACAUCUUCGACCGCUCCUUCUACCAGCUCUUUGUGGUCACCAACGAGAUUAAGGAGGAGGAAGAGGAGCUGAAGAAGACCACCACCUUCCUGAAGGUGAACAACGAGGAGAUCCGGAACCUUUCCCUGGAGAUUAACUCCAAGAUUGACGGCAUCCUUCAGGAGCGCUCGCAGCUGCAGACCAAAGUGGGGGGGCUGGAGGAGAAACUCAAGGGGCUGUCGCAGACCAUGAUGCCCGCCGAGCAAAUCCACGAGAUUACCACCCUCAAGGAUGUGAUUGAGUCUCAGGAGAGAACCAUCACAGACCUGCUGAAGGCUGUCAGGGAACAGAAUGAGCAGCUAAACUACCAGAAGAACAAGAUUAAGGGUCUGGAGGACAAGUUUAACUUUGAAACUCUCCAAGAAACGGCUGAGAAACCAACAAAUUCUGAAUCUGAUGCUCCAAGUCUUCUCCAUUACCUUACAGACAUCUCUACAAACAGCAGCACCAACACUACUGAUCUCCCCAUGGAUUGCAAUGAGAUCUUCAACCAAGGACAGAGGAACAGUGGGGUAUACGCCAUCAAGCCAAAUCAAUCACAGCCUUUCAAUGUGUUCUGUGAGAUGAACUAUGAUGGUGGAGCCGUUGUCAUUCAGCGCCGAGAAGAUGGCUCCGUAGAUUUUGACCAGACCUGGGAGAAGUAUGAGAAAGGCUUUGGGGACUUAAAGCAGGAGUUCUGGCUGGGCCUGGAGAAGAUCCACGCCAUUGCCCGGCAGGGGCCGAGCGUGAUGCACAUCCAGCUGGAGGACUGGAAGGACGAGACGCGCUCCAUCGAGUACCUGUUCACCCUGGACGGCCCCGCCAACGACUACCCGCUCCACCUGACGCCCCUGAGGGGAAACCUGCCCGACGCCAUGAGCAACCACACCGGCAUGAGGUUCUCCACCAAAGACCGCGACAACGACAACCACGAGGACUCCAACUGUGCUCGCAACUACACAGGUGGCUGGUGGUUCAAUGCCUGUGGAGACACCAACCUCAACGGCAGGUACUUAUGGCUCAAGUCCCGCGGGCGCGCUCUGAGGAGGAAAGGCAUCUACUGGAAGCCAGCAAAGGGCAGCCCCUACGCCCUCAAGUCCACCAAGAUCUCCAUAGCACCCCAACGCCACUGACCACCACCCUCCGCCAUCCCCAGUCAGCACGCAUCGAGAAGCAGCAGGCAAUCGCGCGAACUACGUGACUCGCUUCGGUCUGAUGUAACACCGUGUCAAUGAUCUCUCACCACCAGAGGACUUCAGACAGACCAACAAAAGUUUAGCAAGGCAAACGCGUUCGAGUCUAGACCUGUGGGCACUAGACUGACAGAGAAAUACUUAGAUAGCUUCCAUAAUAAGAGUAUAAAAUACAUUGAAAUGUCAGUGAAAAAGAGGACCGUGAAAAAAGAUAACUGACUGAUAAGCAUGCUGCAUACAAAACCAUCUUCCUAAGCUAGAACAUCUGAAGUAGUGGCAAACACCUCAUCUGGUCAGAACCUAAUAAGGUGUUGCCACCUGACGUCAUAGACAUAAUAGAGGGCCAUCACUACAUUCCAUUUAUUGUAGAUUAGGCAUCAAGGCCUAUUGUUUUAUGUGUAUGUGUUUGAGGAAAAAAACAACUAACCAUUAGUAUAGAAAUGUUUCACUUUAUUUUUUUAUACUGUCUUACAAAUUGUAUUUAAGGUGUAAAGUAUACUGUAUUUAAACCAUUUUCAUAACCAUUUCACAACAGGGGCUUUAGCAUUAGCUUUUUCUUAUUACUAAGUCAUAUUGACUCAAGCGACAUAUUCUUCGUACAUGGACUGUAUGUAUUUGUUUACCGAGACUCUCUUACCUAAUUACAGAGUCUUCAUAUUUAUAAUGACAAUACAAUUAAAAGUAUUUAAAAAGACUCAAAUUA